AGACGUUUUUUGUGAAACUGUCUUGGGAGGAGGAGAACUUCAAACCACUAUCCCCAGAAUUGUUUGCAUAGUUGAAUAAGCUACAAGAAGGCAGUCCUAGAGGCCAGAAGCCCAUGGAAACCAAGAAUAGCAGCAUAGACAGCCCUUCUUGGACCACGGCAAAGCAUGGUGUCAAAAGGAUUGAAUUGAGGCACUCCACCUCCAAAUCUCACCAAAUUCCUGCCCAUCUUGUUACCCCAAGGGCAAGGAAGAGGCUAGAGCUUGGAAGUUUCCCUGUGACACCUCACACUGGGAUUUCCCAGCAGACUUCACAGGUGUCUUUGGAGUCUCCCAGGACUAAACGGAAAGUGGCCUCUGAGAUCACCUCACCUUCUAAGAGGUCUCAGCCUGAUGGACUCCAGACCUCAUCUCCAGCUCUGAAAGCCCCAGAGAAAACGGGGGAGAGGCGACGCUCCUGUGCUGAGCAAGACAAGGCUUCACAUGAACGUCCCAUGAUCCUGAGAACCCGGGUCCCAGCUUUGAAAACCACAGAGAUUAGUCAGGAAAUAACACUUGACCCUAUAAGAGGGGGAAAGAGAAGCUCCGCGGUGCCUUCUGUGGUUCUGAAACCACAAAAGAUGAAAAAGAGGGAGGCACAGACACCAGACGCUCAGGAUGAAGCUACCUCUACUCCCCAUCGUAUCCGCAGAAAGAGUUCCCUCUUGACUUUGAAUCGGAUCAGGCAGCAGCUUCGGUUUUUAGAUGAUAGCAAAAAUGACAAAGAAGAGGAAGAAUUUCUGCCUGCAGCAGAGAUUGCAGACUCGGACAGUGAGGAGGAAGAGGCUUCGACACCAUCCCUUCCAAGGAAAACAUGCAGUUGUGUGUCCAGGAACCUACGCUCUUCCACGAAGUCGUCCUUACACACCCCCUCCAAGACACCAAAGAAAACCCCCAAGCCUAGAAUGCCACAUUCUGCCACUCCCCAGAUCCGCAGCCGAAACCUGGCUGUCCGGGGACCUGCCAGCGUGCUAGAGGAGGCCCGGCUAAGUCUGCAUGUUUCUGCUGUACCUGACUCUCUUCCCUGUCGGGAAAAGGAAUUCCAAGAUAUCUACAACUUUGUGGAAAGCAAACUCCUUGACCAUACUGGAGGGUGCAUGUAUAUCUCUGGGGUACCUGGGACCGGGAAGACUGCCACUGUACACGAGGUAAUACACUGUCUGCAGCAGGCGGCCCAAGCAAAUGAUGUUCCUCCCUUUCAAUACAUUGAAGUCAAUGGCAUGAAACUGACAGAGCCCCACCAAGUCUACGUGCAGAUCUUGCAGAAGAUGACAGGCCAAAAGGCAACAGCUAACCAUGCAGCCGAACUGCUGGCAAAGCGAUUUCGCACCCAAGGGUCCUCUCAGGAAACCACCGUGCUGCUUGUGGAUGAGCUUGACCUUCUGUGGACUCAGAAACAAGAUGUCAUGUACAAUCUCUUUGACUGGCCCACUCACAGGGAGGCCCAGCUUGUGGUCCUGGCCAUCGCCAACACCAUGGACCUGCCAGAGCGCCUCAUGAUGAACCGGGUGUCGAGCCGACUGGGUUUCACCAGGAUGUCCUUCCAGCCCUACACUUACAGGCAGCUGCAGCAGAUCCUAAUGUCCCGACUCAAACACUUAAAGGCCUUUGAGGAUGAUGCCAUCCAGCUGGUUGCCAGGAAGGUAGCAGCCCUCUCUGGAGAUGCACGACGCUGCCUGGACAUCUGCAGGCGUGCCACCGAGAUCUGUGAGUCCUCCUGCCAGAAGCCCGGCUCCCCUGGCCAGGUCACGGUGGCCCACUUGCUGAAAGCCGUGGAUGAGAUGUUUUCAUCGGCGUACAUCACUGCCAUCAAAAAUUCCUCUGUUAUGGAACAGAGCUUCCUGAGAGCGAUCCUUGCAGAAUUCCGUCGAUCGGGACUGGAGGAAGCAACAUUUCAACAGGUAUACAGGCAGCACGUGGAACUGUGCAGGAUGGAGGGGCUCCCAUACCCCACCAUGUCAGAGACCAUGGCAGUGUGCUCUCACCUGGGCUCCUGCCGCCUCCUCCUUGUGGAGCCCAGCAGGAACGACCUGCUCCUUCGCGUGCGGCUCAACGUCAGCCAGGGUGAUGUGCUGUACGCCCUGAAAGAAGAGUGAAGAGCUUCACAAGGAAGGACAGCUGAUUUUAAAGAACAUGACUUUAUUUUUCUAAGCACAUGGAAUUUUUGUGGCAAAAUAUAACGAAGGGAAAUAACUACCAUGUAGUUUGGAAUUUUCUUUUAAAUAAUUUGCUUUUUUCAGAGUGUUUGGGAAAUUUAUAGUCAUUACAAACAUCAGGUUAUAAAACCAAAUAAACCCUC